AUGUCGCUGUACGAAGUGUGGCAAGCAGCCGCAGGCAGCCCUUUCCAGCCUACGGUUGGUAAGGAAAGCCAAUUGAACGUAGGAUUGUUUCUGUUGCUCAUUGGACUGAUACUCACUGGACUCUUCGCCCUGAACAAGUCUCCUCUCUCAAUACCUAUCUUCGGGAUCCCUGCUUCACUGGCAUUUGGUUUCGGGGCCGUCUACGCCAUCUGCGGAUUCGGUGUCUAUGUCUAA